AACACUUUAAAAGCCGCUUCCUUUCCCUCAUUUCGUUCUCCCUUUCUUUCUUUCUCUUUCUUAGUCAUGCUGUCUUCUUCAGCAUGGAUUCCUCACUCAGCAUCCUCUUAGUCUUCAACAACACCAUCCAACCAGAGUUGUUCAGGAGCGUGCAUGUAUAUUGCAGAGAAUUAUUGGAUGGGGACGAAAGGGAGGAAGAAGAAGUGGUAGUUGAGAGGGAGUUUGUGUUAUCUGAGAGUGGCUUCUACGUGGAAAUGAAGUGCACUCCAAUUCUCACAUCACUCAAGCUUUGUGUUGAUGAUGUUUGUGAAGGUUACAAGAAUGGUGUGUGGCUUUGUGUCUUUGCGUUUCAUGCUGAUCACACGCCUCAAUUCACACACAUUCCUUCAAUUUUGUUGUUCGCCAGAAACUCAAAACUCAAGGCAAUUCCCAACUUGCUUAAUGAUCUCCAGAUUAUAUACAAGCUGGAAUUGAAAGCAGAAGUCAAAGAUGAUCUGCUAGAUUCUUCAAAGGAAGAAUCACAGGGAAAUAGCGAUGGUCACCAAUCACCACAGAAAGUCUUGCCAGUAUUUAAUCAGGAUCUAAAUUGCCUUCCUUUGGAUGAAGACACAACUGAGUUGAUCGACAAGAAGACAAAUGUUGAAAGCUUACCAGGUUUUGGAGCAAAGAAAAGGAGGGCGCAAAGCGACCACAUAGCGAAAAUUGCUUUACCAGAUUUGGUCAAGUACUUUGAUGUGCCAAUUGUAGAAGCUUCAAGAAAUCUGAAUAUUGGGCUUACAGUUCUCAAGAGAAAGUGCAGAGAAUUUGGUAUUCCCCGCUGGCCACAUAGGAAGAUAAAAUCACUUGACAAUCUCAUUCAUGAUCUUGAGGAAGAGGCGAAACACCAAGAACCAAAGGACAAGGUGUCAGCGAUGGCGAUGGUGAGGAGGCAAAGGAUGUUGGAAUGCGAAAAGGAAAACAUGGAGAAGAAGCCCUUCAUGGACAUACAAACUGAGACCAAGAGAUUCAGGCAAGAUGUGUUCAAGAGAAGGCACAGAGCUAGAGCUGUUGAAAAACAAAGUUCUGCAGUUUAAAGCACUUGGCACUUUUUUCAAAAGAGUAAAAAAGAGACAAACAAAAUCAUAGUUUGCACUUUGCAGUAGCAGAUUUAUAG